UCAGUGGUGUUCACAUAUCCGCCAUCUUGUUUUACCUCAGUUGUUGUAGAGAUUACUACCUUGUAUUCGCUUUUCCUCGCUGUUUCUACACUUUAUUCCGCAACAGAAAAGAACUAAACGUUCAAUGGAGUGCAGGCGAAGGAUUUUAUGGCGUUUGGGUUGAAGAAGAGGUUAAAUUGACCGUUCAAUGUUGGUUUUCCGAGAGGCGAAAACGAUGCCCGUGCAGCAGAUUGUCGUGAACCCAGUGACUCCUCAACAAACCAACAACAAGGAUAGAAAAAAUUCUAAACCAAAGUCAACAGACGGGCAAGCAACAAUACCAACCACGGAAAACAUUAACGAUAAGCCUAAAACACCACCCAAGAAGAGCAUAUCAAUGACUUCAAUGACAUCGUCAAUGGAGAUCUGUAGAAUAUGCCACUGUGAGGCAGAGCCGGACCAGCCUCUGAUUUCGCCUUGUGUGUGUGCUGGUUCUUUGCAGUAUGUACAUCAGAGCUGUCUGCAGAGAUGGAUUAAGAGUUCAGACACUAAGAAAUGUGAACUGUGUAAAUAUGAGUUCCGCAUGGAAUCCAAGAUGAAGCCCAUCACAAAGUGGAAAGCUCUGGACAUGACAAGAAGUGAGCGGCGUAAGAUUCUGUGCUCUGUGUCAUUUCAUGUUAUUGCAAUCACAUGCGUUGUGUGGUCACUGUGGGUUCUGAUAGAGCGGACUGCAGAGGAGAUCAGGGAGGGGCAGUUAGACUGGCCUUUCUGGACCAAGCUAGUGGUGGUAGCUAUUGGAUUCACAGGUGGUCUGGUCUUCAUGUAUGUACAAUGCAAAGUGUAUGUACAGCUCUGGAAACGCCUCAGAGCAUUCAACCGUAUCAUCUUAGUCAAGGAUGUUCCACAAGAAGGCCCAGAGAAUAUUUAAUUAUGGCUCCUCUUCACUAUAAAUACAGGUAGAUGUUUCAAUACUGAGCUACUGCUUUCUGCAGAUUUAAACUACGUGUAUUACCCAAAGCAGCUUGCCUGCAUAAGGGGCCAUUAUGUUAUCCUCUUGGUGUGAUUUUGCCUAUCAGUUUGAUGCAGAAGUCUGUGUUAAAGCAGCACUUGAUGGACCAAGCAAUAGCUGCAGUUAGCAGUACAGCUCUGAUGUAAUAGUAGUCUUGUUUUUCUCUAAACCACAGAAGGGCUGCAGUCUCCUUUAGUGGUAGUGGUUCGAAAAGGCCUAUAUUAACAAGGGCCAUUAUGGUACUUUGUUGCAAAGAGAAUUACUGCAUGACAGAAUACAUACUGUACAAUAGUUUUGAAUACAGAUCAAUCAUACAUAAAAUUAGCAUGUCCACUUUAAGUGGUGAGUGUUAAACCACACUUAAUAAAUUUUUAAUUGCAAGUGUGAGCUUAGCAAGUUAUGAAAAACAUGUACUUGCUUUAUACAGACUCCAUAGGUUAGGUUGAGUAGCCUGCAAGAUGCAUAGUACAUUAUUGGAUAUCUAAGGUAAUGGUGUCUUAAUUUUCUGCAAGGACUAAUGGACACAACAAGUGCAAAAUGAGGUUCCUUGCCAUUUCUGAAAAGAGGAAAAGAAAAAAAAUUAAACUUGGCUCGUAAGUCAUGUACAUAAUUGAGAGGAAGUGGAAGUCUAUUUGUUCAGGAAGGUGAAGUUUUUGUGUGUCUGAAUUUUCCUGUGGGGGAGAGUAAAGGAUGUCAUUGAGUAAUGACUCAGUGCACCUCCUAUAAAAAUAUUAACUCAACUCAGAUGUUCUUGUGCAAUGAAUUUUUGUCUUACCUUAUUCAAAUGCUGUCUGGCUUCUCAGGUUUUUGAAUUGUGUUUUUUUUCUUCAUUAUACAUGUACAUGUACACUGUAAAGUGCUAAGUUGAACAGUCUUGACCACUCAUGACAAACUAGAACAGAACACUUAUAACACGCCAGCAUUGUGUGUGUUAUGCUUAAACACUGUUUGUUUAAUGAUGAAAAUUGGCUAGCUAAAAUGCCCAUCAAGAAUUGUGAUGGGUUUGUUUCGAUGCAACAGUUGAUUGGUCUUUGCUUGAAUGUUCAGUUCAUCAGUGGCAAACUGAUCAAAAGUGAGUCGUAUAACAGAGUCAGAAAUGUUUACUCUUUAGAUUGUAAUGAGCUAUCCUGCUAGACAGUUGUGACACUCACACAGAACGCCAGGUAUAGUAAAGUGAACUUAAACACAUUUGACUUGCUUUUUUGUAGUCUCUGUUGACAUACAUGCAUUCUUCAGUGGUCUGUUUUUUUUAUAGCCCUAGUACGAAGACAUCUUGAUACAUGUACAAUUUUAGUUGUGUUGCUAUUUUUUGCUUUCAUCAUCUGCUUGGCUGUUUACAUGUGCUAUAUCAGUGUAUGGACAUGUAUUCAUGCCUUGUUCAGAAAUGCUAUUUAAUUAUAUUUGUUUUGUUUUUUCGGUUAAAAAUAAGCUAGGUAUCAGUUAAUUAAUUAGUAAACUAAGUACUUAACACACCAAUUACUACAAAUCCAGAAGAAAUAAUCCUAGUCCUUAUUACAUCUUUCAGGCCUGGAUGUGAAUCAGAAUUCUAUUGCUAAGUAAUCUACAUUUGUUUCUUGUUGUAUUGUUUUAGAGAGGUUGAUAUUUUUUCAAGAUACAGUUGAACCUCGCUAUUUCAAACUCUCAGGGGAAGCGAAAAAUAGUUCGAAAUAGCAGGAGUUUGAAAUAGUGGAUAGUAAAUGACUGAAGGGUUAAUCCAAGGGAAAAGGUGUUGAGUUCGAAAUAACGGGGAAUUGGAAAUAACCGAGUUCGAAUUAGCGGGGUCUAACUGUACUCAAUUUUUUUUACUCUCGUAACUAAACAUGACUUCUUUAGUUUGCCAGAUAUCCUGAAAACAAGUUAGCUGGUACUUAUCUCCAGGGCUGAAACGAUUUGUGGUUUUAUUUUCAAUUUUUAGACUGGACUUCAAAACGCAGACCUUCCCAUAGCUAGCCCGAGAAAACAUCUCUUGUUUCACUUUCAAUUCGUACCUUGCAAGUUAGGCCUCUGAAAUUUGCUUUGAAGAAUUACAUACUGAUGAAGUGGCACUUUUUAAUAGAGUUAUUGGACAUUGCAGAACAAGAAAAUUAACAAGUUGAACAAAACCAAAAAAUGGGGGGAACAAAAAAUUGAGAAAGGGUGCGCGUGCAAGGUGCCUGAGUCGGGCUGCAGUUGUUUAAGUAGUCUCUCAUUAUCUGUUAUUUAACAGGUCACUUUCGAUAUAUUAAAAUUCUGCUUAAUAGUGAGGCCUAGAGGACACAAACAAAAGAAAUGAACAAACAUACUUUUCAAUUCCCUUUGUUUGUGUCCUCUAGGCUUCACCGCCAAACUGAAUUUAAUAUAUCGAAAAGUCUAUUCCACGUGCAAGUAAUAACCAAUUAGACUACGCGAAUGCUAGAAGAGGUACUUCAUCAGUGUGGUAUCAUAGUUAAUAGAGGAAAAUGGUUAGGAAGGCCGGUAAAUAUCAAAGAAGUAAACAAACAGGCUGAGAUUUAUGUCGGAAGGUCCUUGACUCUGCACAUCUUGUUUUAUGCUCAUAGACUAUGCUUAAUCGCAAUGCUUCCAUUGGCUAUUUGUAUGAGCUCACAUAGCCACUUUUUGUUUUCAGUUUUUGUUUUUGUUUUGUUUUUUUUUUUUGCGCGGUUUUGUGUAGGGUCAACCCCCAAAUAGCCAACGAAAACAUACAGCAAAGAACUUUUCCCGGUUUCCUAACCACUUCCCUUUAUUAACUAUGGUGGAAUCUAGUUAGCAUGCGAGUAGAGAUGUUUGGUGUCUCUAACGUCAUGGCAAGUCGUACAUGUGAGCUCCAUGUGAGUUGUAACAUGUUGUAUUUAGACGUAAAUUACAUGGUUGUAAAUAUUACAUUUCGUCAAGUUAUUUUUGUAUGUUGUAGUCGAUCCAACUUCCUCAAGUAAAAGUGUAAAUAAGUAAAUCCAAAUAAAGUGACCGUUGGUUCUGCUUCACGUAAA